AUGCGUUGCUUGGCAGCUCGGGUCAACUAUAAGACUUUGAUUAUCAUCUGCGCACUCUUCACUUUGGUCACAGUACUUUUGUGGAAUAAGUGUUCCAGCGACAAAGCGAUCCAGUUUCCACGGCACCUGGGUAGUGGCUUCAGAGGGGAUGGAUUAGAAAAAAGAGCAGCAGCAUCUGAGAGUAACAACUAUGUGAACCAUCUAGCCAAACAGUCCGAGGAGGCAUUUCUCCAGGAACAGCAGAAAGCACCCCCUGUCGCCGGGGGCUUCAAUAGCAAUGGGGGGAGCAAAGUGUUAGGACUCAAAUAUGAAGAAAUUGACUGUCUCAUAAAUGAUGACCACACAAUUAAAGGGAGAAGAGAGGGGAAUGAAGUCUUUCUUCCAUUCAGUUGGAUAGAGAAAUAUUUUGAUGUCUAUGGAAAGGUAGUUCAGUAUGACGGCUAUGAUCGGUUUGAAUUCUCUCAUAGCUAUUCCAAAGUCUAUGCACAAAGAGCUCCUUAUCAUCCUGAUGGUGUGUUUAUGUCCUUUGAAGGCUACAACGUGGAAGUCCGAGACAGAGUCAAGUGCAUAAGUGGGGUAGAAGGUGUACCUUUAUCUACACAAUGGGGACCUCAAGGCUAUUUCUACCCGAUCCAGAUUGCACAGUAUGGGUUAAGUCAUUAUAGCAAGAAUCUAACUGAGAAACCUCCUCAUAUAGAAGUAUAUGAAACAGCAGAAGAUAGAGACAAAGCCAACAAGCCCAAUGACUGGACCGUACCAAAGGGCUGCUUUAUGGCUAGUGUGGCUGAUAAGUCUAGAUUCACCAAUGUUAAACAGUUCAUUGCUCCAGAAACCAGUGAAGGUGUAUCUUUGCAACUGGGGAACACAAAAGAUUUUAUUAUUUCAUUUGACCUCAAGUUCUUAACAAAUGGAAGUGUGUCCGUGGUUCUAGAGACUACAGAAAAGAACCAGCUCUUCACUGUGCAUUAUGUCUCCAAUACCCAGCUGAUUGCCUUUAAAGAAAGAGACAUAUACUACGGCAUUGGGCCCAGGACUGCAUGGAGCACGGUUACCAGGGACCUGGUCACUGACCUCAGGAAAGGAGUGGGUCUCUCCAACACAAAAGCUGUCAAGCCAACCAAAAUAAUGCCCAAGAAGGUGGUUAGGUUAAUUGCAAAAGGGAAAGGAUUCCUUGAUAACAUUACUAUCUCUACCACAGCCCACAUGGCUGCAUUCUUCGCUGCCAGUGACUGGCUGGUGAGGAACCAAGACGAGAAAGGUGGCUGGCCAAUCAUGGUGACCCGGAAGUUAGGGGAAGGGUUCAAGUCUUUAGAGCCAGGGUGGUACUCUGCCAUGGCCCAAGGGCAAGCCAUUUCUACAUUAGUCAGGGCCUACCUAUUAACAAAAGACCAUGUAUUCCUCAAUUCAGCUUUAAGGGCAACAGCCCCUUAUAAGUUUCUAUCAGAGCAGCAUGGAGUUAAAGCUGUGUUUAUGAAUAAACAUGACUGGUAUGAAGAGUAUCCAACCACACCCAGCUCUUUUGUUUUAAAUGGCUUUAUGUAUUCUUUAAUUGGGCUGUAUGACUUAAAAGAAACGGCAGGAGAAAAACUCGGGAAAGAAGCGAGGGCCCUGUACGAGCAUGGCAUGGAAUCCCUGAAAGCCAUGCUCCCCCUGUACGACACCGGCUCAGGAACCAUCUACGACCUCCGGCACUUCAUGCUUGGCAUCGCCCCCAACCUGGCCCGCUGGGACUAUCACACCACCCACAUCAAUCAGCUGCAGCUUCUCAGCACCAUCGAUGAGUCCCCCAUCUUCAAAGAAUUCCUCAAGAGGUGGAAAAGCUACCUGAAAGGCAGCAGGGCAAAGCACAACUAG